AGGGGUCGCGGCGGCGGCGGCGGCGCCGUCAGCGGCACCCGGGCGGUCGGGAGCUUCAGGCUCCGGAGCAAGAUGGCGGCACGAGUGCUGCUCGCGCGAGGAGGCCUGCUGCGGCCAGCCGCCCCCGGCAGCUUCCUGCCCGGGCUCCGGACAGUGACAUCCUCAAGUCCCAGAGCUCGGGAAGACAGCUGGCUCAAGUCCUUAUUUGUCAGAAAGGUAGAUCCGAGAAAAGACGCACACUCCAACCUCCUGGCCAAGAAGGAGACGAGCAGUCUGUACAAGUUACAGUUUCACAACGUUAAGCCGGAAUGCCUAGACGCAUACAACAAAAUUUGUCAAGAAGUGUUACCAAAGAUUCAUGAAGGCAAGCAGUACCCUUGUACCUUGGUAGGAACAUGGAACACGUGGUAUGGCGAGCAGGAUCAAGCCGUCCACCUCUGGAGGUAUGAAGGAGGCUAUCCAGCCCUCACGGAGGUCAUGAAUAAACUCAAAGAAAACCAGGAAUUUGUAAAUUUCCGUAAAGCCAGAAGUGACAUGCUUCUCUCCAGGAAGAAUCAGCUGCUGUUGGAGUUCAGUUUCUGGAAUGAGCCAGUGCCGAGAUCAGGACCCAAUAUAUACGAACUCAGGUCCUACCAGCUCCGACCAGGGACAAUGAUCGAAUGGGGCAAUUACUGGGCCCGAGCCAUUCGCUUUAGACAGGACAGUAAUGAGGCAGUUGGGGGAUUCUUCUCUCAAAUUGGGCAGCUAUAUAUGGUGCAUCAUCUUUGGGCUUAUAAAGAUCUUCAGACCAGGGAGGACAUACGGAGCGCAGCGUGGCAGAAGCAUGGCUGGGAGGAACUGGUGUACUACACGGUCCCACUCAUUCAGGAAAUGGAGUCCAGAAUCAUGAUCCCGCUCAAGACCUCACCCCUCCAGUGAAGCUUCCACGUGCCUACACGGAUUUCCGGGAUGAAUACAUGUCAUGAAUUCGUUUCAGCCAUUCAUCAAGUGAAAAAAAGAAACCGAGGUGUAAACUGCUGUACAUAGCUUGUAAGAUCUCUUUUCUUUAAAAUUUGCAUAAUCACGAAGGGAAAUCGGGGAUCAGACUACGGGAGCACCACUCUGACACAGCUCUGCUUACCAAACUUAAGCCUCUAGCCCUUCAGGAAAACAUGAUCGUUUGAAGCUGGGGGUGGUAGCUUGCACUCAGGGAGCUGAGGCAGGAGAAUUUUAAGUCCUAGGUCAAUCUGGGCUACACAGAGAGUUUCAGGCAAGCUUGGACCCCUGGGCUUCCAUAGUGAGACCCUGUCUCAAAAACCGAAUUUAAAAUUCGAAUCAUCUCUGAGUAAAAUUCUAGCUCUAAAAAAAGAAUCAGCUAUUGCUUUCUAUUUUUUUAAAAAAAAUCUGUUUUAUGUUUACAGAUUUCUACAAAUUUCUUUCCUUCAGGAAGAAAUACAAAUUAUGUCGUUUCUCGAGCAGUUUUUCUGAGUCUCAAACUAGGAACAAAUUAUGAGUGUACCCAAUGGCUGAAAAGGUUCUGAUUUUGUGACUUUUGGUCAGUCAGGGAGGGCUGAGCAGUGUACCACCCUAAGCUGGAAGGGUGGUCACGGGGCACUAGCCCAGUAAUUCGGGCUCCACCAGGCACUGUGUCCUGAGGGGUUGACAUGAACCAGUGCACCACAUGCGAUUUGGUAAUAAACACCUCAGAUAGCUCUAAUUUUAUUUGUAAUAUUUUUCUAUAAAACAAGUAGCUCUUGGAAAAGAGGUUUUAUUUUGUAAGCCGCCAUCUGUGACCUCUGACCUCUGGUUCUAUUUUGGUAAGCGCACAGCAGACACUUCCAAGAUCUUGUGUGAAGGGCAGUGCACGUUGGGUCUAAGUUGACAUAAAGCUGCAUAUUCUGUCUGUCUCCGUUUGGUUUUGUUUUUUAAUGUAGUGUGCCAAUUUUGUGACUGCAGUCCUGUGAAAGCCCCACUGAACUGAAGAAUUAUGUCUGCCCUGCAAAUUGAUAUGUGUAAAAUAAAGUAUGUCUAAAUCUCCUA